GGAGUGGUGAGCAACCGCCUGAGGCCUCGGAGCGUCCGGGGGCGGCUCCCCAGACCCAGGUUUUCGCAGCAGGGAAGUUUCUGUGGGUCAGGAAGGAGAAUCUGUACCUAACUCCUUGAACACCAAGGGAGGCAUGGCCGCCUGGGUCACUGAAUCUUGGGAAACCAAAAUGAGACAUAAUCAGCUGUGUUGUGAGACACCACCUACUGUCACUGUUCAUGUAAAAUCAGGGUCAAAUAGAUCACAUCAGCCUAAAAAACCCAUUAAUCUGAAGCGUCCUAUUUUUAAAGAUAAUUGGCCAGCAUCUGAAAAAAAUGCACAUAAUAGCAACAAGUCUAAACGCCCCAAAGGACCCUGUCUAGUUAUACAGCGUCAGGAAAUGACUGCUUUCUUUAAAUUAUUUGAUGACGAUUUAAUUCAAGAUUUCUUGUGGAUGGACUGCUGCUGUAAAAUUGCAGACAAGUAUCUUUUGGCUAUGACUUUUGUUUAUUUCAAGAGAGCUAAAUUUACUAUAAAUGAGCAUACCAGGAUAAAUUUCUUUAUUGCUCUGUAUCUGGCUAAUACAGUUGAAGAAGAUGAAGAAGAAUCCAAAUAUGAAAUUUUUCCAUGGGCUUUAGGGAAAAACUGGAGAAAAUUGUUCCCUAAUUUCUUAAAGUUAAGGGACCAACUCUGGGAUAGAAUUGACUAUAGGGCUAUUGUAAGCAGGCGAUGCUGUGAGGAGGUUAUGGCUAUUGCUCCAACCCAUUAUAUAUGGCAACGGGAACGCUCUGUGCAUCACAGUGGAGCUGUUAGAAACUACAACAGAGAUGAAGUUCAACUGCCCAGGGGACCUAGUGCCACACCAGUAGAUUGUUCACUCUGUGGUAAAAAAGGAAGAUAUGUUAGACUGGGAUUGUCUUCAUCAUCUUCAUCCAGUGAUACAGUAGAGGUGAUGGAGAAACAUUCUCAGGAAUCACACAACUCCUUCUCAAUGGACAUGGUAGUCGAUCCUUCUCAAGCUUAUAGCUAUUCUCAAGAUAAGGAGACUGAGGCUUAGAGAGGUUAAAUCAUUUGCCCAAAGUGGCGGAGCAACAUUUGAACCCAGGUCUGUCUGACUCUAGACUACAGCCUGAAUUCCUAACUAUUACGCUCUACUGCCCACCUUGAUGAAACCCUACCUUCGGUGGUGAAAAUAAGCUGCCACAGAAGUCUUUUGGUAGACCACUAAGGACUGAGGAGGUGGUGAAAGUAUUAAGAACCAAGUUCCUGAUGAAAGAUUGUAUGGAGUGAAUUGGGAGACAAUUCUAGCCACAAUUUGAACAGAUAUUUAUAGAAAGCAGAACACAAGUAGUUAUGGUUUACUCAGACUGGAGCCUGUAGAUAUCAAGAGUAGUA